UGUUGAGCAGGCUCAUGAGAUACAGGCACUGGCCAAGGAGCUUGAGUACUUGACCUGUGUGUUACCAGACAAAUUUAUUGCCGGAAGCAUUAUUGCCAAGCUGCCUCCUUCAUGGAGGAAUUUUGCUACUUCCCUAAAACACAAGAGACAAGAGUUCACUGCUUCGGAUCUCAUUGGGACUCUUGAUGUGGAAGAAAAGGCGAGGGCAAAAGACACACUUGCUCGUGGUGCUGAGGGUGGUUCAAGUGCCAACUUGGUGCAGAAAAAGAACUUCCCAGUCCCACAAGUUCAAGAACAAGGGCAAGUUUGAUGGCAAGAGCAAGUUCGACUGGAAGAACAAGCCCUCACAGUCCACUACUUUCAAGAAGAAGACUGAUAAGAAGAAAGGUUCCUAUCAUGUGUGCGGUGAUCCUGGGCAUUGGGCUCCUAGCUGCCCCAACCGUUAUGACAGGCGCCAGCAUGGGAAGGGCGGCAAGACCGCUAAUGUUGUCAUGGGCGAUGUUGACAUGAAGGAUGUUGGAUCAGAGGGACUCAGUCCGUGUUGAUGGGGAACGGCUCGCAUUAUUCUGUUCAUGGUGUUGGUACGGUCGAUCUGAAGUUCACUUCGGGAAAGACCGUGCGACUGAAGAACAUGCAUCAUGUUCCCUCAAUAAAUAAGAAUCUUGUUAGCAGACCCCUUCUAUGUCGUGAUGGCUACAAGAUUGUUUUCGAGUCCAAUAAGUUUGUACUUUCUAAGUUUGGUACUUUUAUUGGUAAAGGAUAUGAGUGCGGAGGUUUAUUCCGCCUGUCACUGUCAGAUGUUUGUAAUAAAGUUGUGAAUCAUGUUUCGUCUGAUCUUAUAUCAAAUGUCUGGCAUUCA